AUGGCCUGUAAUAACAAGCUCAUCGGUGCAAGAACUUUUCAUAGCUCGACAAAGCUUGAGCAGUCCAUGCCACCACUGGAUGAAGACGGCCAUGGCACCCAUGUUUCAAGCAUAGCUGUUGGAAAUUUCGUGGAAGGCGCUAAUGUGCUUGGGACUGCCAAAGGUACAGCAGCUGGUGUAGCACCUUUGGCUCACUUGGCAAUAUAUAAAGUAUGUUCAAAUGAGGGUUGUGCCGACAGUGACAUAUUAGCCGCAUUUGACACAGCUAUUGAGGAUGACGUGGAUGUUCUUUCCAUCUCAAUAGGUGGAGGCCCCAUUGAUUCUUUCCUCGAUGAUAUAAUAGCAAUAGGUGCAUUCGGUGCAAUUCAAAGGGGAAUUUUUGUGAGCACAUCAGCCGGGAAUAUAGGCCCAUUCAAUCGGUCGGUGUCAAAUAUGGCCCCAUGGGUACUAACUGCUGGAGCAAGCACCACUGAUAGAAUGGUUAAAGCCACAGCAAGGCUUAAAAUUGGAGAAGAAUUUGAAGGUGAAUCCCUUUUUCAGCCUAGUAAUUUCACGUCUCCAUAUUUGCCCCUUGUUUAUGCAGGCGCGAUUGGAUCAUUGCCAUAUUGGAACCCAGGCACAUUGACAAAUGUCCAGUUAAAAGGAGAGGUGGUGUUGUGUGAAGGGGGAGGGGGAAUGGCAGGAAUAGUCAGAGGGGAACAAGUCAAAAAUGUCGGAGGCUCUGCCAUGAUUCUUAUGAAUGAUGAACUUGACGGCUUCACUCUUACAGCAGAUGAACACGUUCUUCCUGCAACACAAGUGAGUCAUGCUGCUGGGCUAAAAAUCAAAGCAUAUAUAAACUCAACCUCCAAACCAACUGCCACAAUCUUAUUCGAAGGAACUAUAAAUGGAAAACCAUACGCCCCCAUGGUCUCUUCCUCUUCUUCCAGAGGCCCAAGCCGGAUAAGCCCCGGGAUUUUGAAACCAGACAUCAUAGGACCUGGAGUUAACAUUCUAGCUGCAUGGCCAUGGCCACCAGCCAGUUCGGAGAGGAACUUAAGGUUUAGCAGGAACUUUUUCAUGGACUCGGGCACUUCAAUAUCUUGCGCUCACCUAAGCGGCAUUGCAGCUUUGCUCAAGAGCUCCCACCCAAAAUGGUCACCUGCUGCAAUCAAGUCUGCGAUCAUGACAACUGCUGAUGUAUUAAACCUUGCAGGCAAGCCCAUUGCUGAUUACACUAUGAUCCCUGCCCACAUCUUUGCCACUGGUGCAGGCCAUGUGAAUCCAUCAAAAGCAAAUGAUCCUGGCCUUGUCUAUGACAUCCAACCAGAUGACUACAUUCCAUAUUUAUGCGGGUUGAAUUACACAAAUCAUGUAGUAAAGAUGAUAACUCAACGCAAUUUGAAUUGUAUGGAAGUAAAAAGCAUUCCUGAGGCACAACUAAAUUAUCCUUCAUUUUCAGUUGUACUGGGUUCUAGUCCUCAGACAUUUACAAGGACUCUGACAAAUGUUGGCCAGGUAAAUUCAUCUUACACUCUGGAUAUUAUUUCGCCCCAAGGAGUAAGUGUUGGCGUGAGCCCUAACAAGCUUGUAUUCAAGGAGUUGAACCAGAAGGAGACAUACACUGUUACUUUUCUCAAAGAAAACAACAGUGUAUAUGAUGCAGGAGAUCAGAAGUUUACCCAAGGAUAUUUGAAAUGGGUUUCUGGUUAUAAGUAUUCAGUUCGAAGCCCAAUAGUUGUCAUGUUUGAUGAAGCAGAUGCCUGA